AUGGAUAUUGGGGGUCUGGAGACAGUGGUGGCCAACUCGGCCUACGUGUCGGCCCGUGGGAGUGUGGACGGAGCUGCAGCGGCCACGAUGCGCGAUAAAAAGUACAGAGCCAAACUUAGCCUGCCGCACAUUAAAAAGUGCGAACAUAUGAAGACCACCGUGGACUCCGCCUUUGACAGCAUGUGUGUCCGCCAGCCCAUAGGAAAACGACUCUUCCAGCAGUACCUGGAGAGUGAGGCGACACACAAAAUCGCCGGAGAGCUUUGGAAAGACAUGGAGGAUUACAACACAGCCCAGGAGCAAGACCGAGCCCAGAAAGGCCAAAAGAUUGUCAACAAGUACUAUGACUCGGCCUCCAAGAAUUUCUGCAGCUUCCUGGAGGAGAAGGCAGUGACCCGCGUGAAGGAGGACCACAAGAACGUACGGGGAGAUCUCUUCAAAGAGAGUGAGCAGCAGCUUCUGAAGCACCUGGAGAAAAGCGCCCUGGAAGGCUUCAAAAACAGCAUGUACUUCCUGCGCUACGUCCAGUUCAAAUGGCUGGAGAGCCAGCCGGUCACAGAGGACUGGUUCAUGGAUUUCCGCGUGCUGGGCAAAGGUGGUUUUGGGGAGGUGCAUGCAUGCCAGAUGAAAGCCACGGGGAAGAUGUAUGCCAACAAGAAACUCAACAAGAAGAGACUGAAGAAACGUAAAGGUUAUGAUGGUGCGAUAGUGGAGAAGCGAAUCUUGGCAAAGGUACACAGUCGUUUCAUCGUUACGCUGGCCUACGCCUUCCAGACCAAAACAGACCUGUGUCUGGUCAUGACCAUCAUGAAUGGAGGAGACCUCAGGUUUCACAUGUAUAAUGUGGAUGAGAAGAACCCAGGUUUUAAUGAGACCAGAACCUGUUUCUACGCAGCUCAGAUCAUCUGUGGUCUGGAGCAUUUGCAUCAGCACAGAAUCGUCUACAGAGACCUCAAACCAGAGAAUGUACUGCUGGACGACGCAGGAAAUGUCCGUCUCUCAGAUCUGGGUUUGGCUGUUGAACUUCCACCAGGAAAAGACAAAACAAAAGGAUAUGCCGGAACUCCAGGUUUCAUGGCUCCAGAGCUGUUGCAGAGUAAGGAGUAUGACUACACUGUGGACUAUUUCACUCUUGGCGUCACACUGUAUGAGAUGGUCGCUGCCAAGGGCCCCUUUAGGUGUCGAGGAGAACAGGUCGAGAACAGCGAGGUGACCCGGCGUAUUCUGAAUGACCCGGUAUCAUACCCGGACACAUUCAGUGCAGAUCUAAAGGCCAUCUGUGAGGGACUGAUGGAGAAAGAUCCAGAAAAACGCCUUGGCUUCAAAAACAAUGACUGCUCUAUACUAAAGAGUCAGCCCUUCUUCAAAGACCUGAACUGGGGAAGACUGGAAGCAGGCAUACUGACCCCUCCCUUUGUCCCGGACCCAAAGAUGGUGUAUGCCAAAGACAUCGGGGACGUGGGAGCCUUUAGCACUAUCAAGGGCGUGGUCAUCGAGGUUAAAGACACGGAGUUCUAUAACGAGUUCGCCUCUGGAAACAUCCCCAUCCCAUGGCAGGAGGAGAUGAUUGAGACUGGGGUGUUUGGAGAGCUGAACGUUUGGGCAGAGAAAGGAAAACUGCCCAACGACCUGGACCCAAACUAUGUCCCUGUAGAGGCUAAAGGAGGGGCCUGCGUUCUGCUGUGA